AUGAGGAUGAGCUCCAUAGAAUAUUUUGGUUAUUUUGAUAAUGUCCCACGAGUUUCGGGGACACCUGAACCGUGUGGUGCGAGGAUUGCAGCUCAGAUUGAAGUGUUAUCUCUGAAACCUGCGAGGAAUGUGGCUCGGAUGGACUUGGUAUCUCCGGGACCUGCGAGGAUUGUGGCUCAGAUUGAAGUGUUAUCUCUGAGACCUGCAAGGAAUGUGGCUCGGUUAACUUCAUGUUUCCGAGACCUGCGAGGAUGGAAUUGA